UAAGUAUGAAACAAUACUCGUAAAAGUGUAAAAUAAAUAUAUAGAUAUUGCAAAUCAAUUAUUUAUAAAAUCCGACAGGUAGAAGAUCCCUAUCGUCUAUCGUUAUCAGUUCCAACUAAAUGUUACCUACUUAUCACCACUAUCUAUUCAACCUGUAUUAUUUUUAUCUCAUUCGUACACAACCCAUAGCUGAAGUCCAAACGAUGUGAUUAAGUGAAUUUUUGAACACGCCUAGUUUGUAGUUUAGAUUUUAAAAUUCUUCAGUCAGUUUUAUUUGUUAAUGUUAUAAGUAUAAUGAGUUCGACUGUAGUGUAUCUAAUUGUUUUUGUUGUUAGUGUUGUUACAGUGGUAUGUGAUCAUUUAAGCGACUCCCUGUUAGAGCAAUUAAUGGCAAUCAAUAGUUAUACAAAAUGCAGAGUAGAUGCAGAUUGUGCUAAGAUCAGCGACCAUACUUUUUGUUUUGGCAACGAUGCAGACAAAGAUGGAUACUGUAGGUGUAAAGAAAAUUACGACAUGGUUAGCAGAAAUAAAACAUUUUUCGCUUGUUUGGGACGCGCUUCAGUAAUGUUGGGGUGUACUACACCCCACCUGUCGGAUACCGGGUUAAAAAGCAUUGGACCGAAAUUUUACGCAACCGCCGGAUUAGGAGAAAAAUGUGAAAAAAAUAUGCAGUGUCAAAUUGUAUUAACUGAAAACUCAGAAUGUGCAAAUUCGGUGUGUCGCUGUAAAAAUGGAGCUCAUCUUUAUAAAGACGGAAGAUGUUAUGUUUCAGUGUUACUAGGAGACUUUUGCAGAGGCAGUGCUAAUUGUUGGUUAGCCUCAAACCAGUUCGGUAAUUGCGUAUAUGGAAAAUGUACUUGCAAAUUUGAUAACGAAGUACCAGGAACAGAUAGAAUGAGCUGCGUGCACGGUAAAAAGAUAGGAGAACAGUGUGAAAGUGACAACCAGUGCUCUCUAACCGAAAAUACCCAAUGUAAAACUGUUUGUCGAUGCUCUCCUGGUUUUGUGAUGUCACGUGACCAGACAAGGUGUCUAAAGGCUGCUACAAGAUUCAAUGACGUUUGCCUUGAAAAUGAUCAGUGCUCAGCUAGUCUACAAGGAAGCAUUUGCCUCAGUAAUAACUGUACAUGCGAUAUUGGUUUUCAUAGCCUUGACUUAAAAUGUGUGAAAACUGCAUCUUUCGGUGGACCCUGCUCUAACAGCGAGGAAUGUGUUAGGGAUUCCUCCCAUUUAGAAGUAAUACAUUGCAAUAAUGGAGAGUGUCAAUGCAAACCUGGUGCAGUUAAUGAGACGUUAGGGUGUACUAAUAGAUCCAAUUUUAUAGUACAAAAUAGUUUUGUUGUUAUUUUACUAGGUUUAGUUUUAAAAUUUUUGUGAUUUGAACAGUAAAAUCUGUUUUUAAAA